AUGGCAGAAGUAUUGCGAUUAUCAUUGAGUAAUAUGCUAGAAUCAAAUGGCUCGACCAAAGUGAAGGAAACCCUCCCCGGUAGCGAUAUCGAAGAGCCCCCUUUGAAAAAACGUCGAGCGAUUACCGACAAUCAAUCUGGUUCGCUUGAAGAUCGUAUUACACCGAUUUUAUCAUGUUGUAUUUGUUCGAAUCUUGUCACAUUAUCUUCAACCCGAUGUCCAAAUGGUCAUUUAAUGUGCCCGUCCUGUUUUCUUCGUGAUUUCAAGAAUCGUAUUCUCUACAUGGAGAGGAUAAGGUCUAGAAACCAUGGUCAGCGGCUAUCCCAGCAUAAAGAAAAACAAGAUUCGUCUAUUCUAAAACAAUUAAGUUCAAUCCAAAAAUUUUAUGGGCAAGGUGUUGUCCAAGAUUGGUUAGAAGAAAUUCUGGAAAAAAAUAAUGAAUUACAACUUACCACGUCUGAACGAAAUGACUUGAUUCCUAAACUAUUUAGUGGAAAAGGAUUUAUCUGGUAUGUGAACGAACAAGAAAAAAUGUCAACAUUUGUGUUGUUUACAAAAAAUUUACUUCAAUAUUAUAAACGAAAAGAAUUCAAUCGAAAUCAAAUAACAUCAGUCGUACAACAAACAGUUAUUGAUUCAAAACAUAGUAUUAUUGAUUCGCUUCGAAAUCAAAUGAUGAUCAUAAAUCUUGAACAAUUACCAAAAUUCAAUCGCAAAUCGAAACCGAAAUCCAUCGAAAUGGUUUCAAGAUAUUGA